CGCUGCCGGUAGAGUUGAGCUAGAAUUUUUCAGUUAAAAUCGUUUUAAAUAAAGUGUGCAUAAAUUAAACAUAAUAUAAAAAUGGAAAUAGAAACGGAAGCAGCGGAUAACUUACUGCGUCUUAUAAAAAGGUUGCUGCUUGAGCGUGCCUACGAUGGCAUCAAAGUGUUAUUUCAAAGCCCUGCGGAGGCGGCCAAGAAUCUACCGCAUAUGCCUGCAAUUGCAUUGGACUUGUAUAACGAAGUGUGCGCGCCCAAUUUAACGGAUGAUGUUAAUAUCCUGGAUGCGUCUAAGUUUGACUGCGUCAAUGAGCUGCUCAAGCUGCUGGCAGAGUAUGCGCCCCUGGAGCCGCUGAUGCUCGAGUUAAUGGAGAAGAUUGAGGAAAGCAGCAGCAUAGCCAUAUUCUCAGCUUAUCUGCGUGCAUUGCAAGUAGUGUUGAAACGACAUGGCAGCAAUAAGCCCCAGGCGUUGGAAUGGUGUCUAGCCUCGGUGACGACGCGACUGCGUGAGCUGCCGCUCCCCGCAUAUCUAAGCGAGGGCUAUGACGAGCAGCAGGCGCUGCUGCUGGAGCAGGAUGCACAAGUGGAGGACAUGCUGGCGCACUAUAUCACCGUAGGCUUAUGUUAUGAGCCGCUCAUCAAGGACAUACUGCAGCAGGACAAAAGCACGCAUAUUUUCCGUCAGUGCGGGCAGAGCCGCCGCAAUGUGUUUUGCUGCUUUCUGCUGCAGCUAAUGGACAAACCGCUGGCGUUGCUGGAAUUGGACAAUGCGCCACGGCGACAACUGCAGCCUGGACAAGCACACAAGUGUCAACGGAAUUCGUAUCGCUUGCGCCCGGAGCAGACGCAACAACAUUACUUGGCAGCGCGUUCAAGGGCAGGCAAGUCACAAAGUUAUGUGCAACAGCUGGUGGCAAGCAUAACCAAGGAUGUGGCACAACUGCUGGGUGAUCCGUAUGCACUGCUCGGUCUGGUGGAACAGCGCGUGCGCUGGCAACGACGCCUGGACGCAGCCAAAGGUGUCUACGAGAUGAGCUGCCAGAACAUGUUUCUUAUAGAUGAGAAGCUGCCUUUGACUGCUUUAGCCAUGUACUAUCAUGCGCUGUUUGUUGCCCAACUUAUGCCGUCCACUGCGCCCAAGAUCUAUGCGCCACUUUAUCUCUUCGAGUCCAGUCUGUAUUUGGUAACAGUGCUGCUCGAGCAGCCAGAGCCGCCAUUGCAGCACUGUGGUCUACGCUUGAAUGCCUAUAUGCUGAGCCAACUCUCACAGCCCGUGCCACAGAGCUCACUGGAUCUGGAGGUGCACAAGCGUUACUGCGAGGCGCUUUGCAAGAUUACAGGCUACUCGCCACAGGAGUCCAUACGCCAGCUGGGCCUGCAGCUGCUGCAGCAUUAUAUACUCGCUUUUGAGCAUAGCGCCAAGUAUUUCAUACUCAAAAAUCUGCUGAAGACGCUGCAACAUGAUGGCAUCCGGGGCUAUCUGGCGGGCAUUUAUAAGGAUCUAGUUGCUGCUGCGCUGCAGCAUGACGAGCCCUUGCCUGAGGUUUACUGUGGUGCGCAAUUCCGCGCCUUACUGCUGCAGUGCAUCUGCGUGCUGCCCAAGGAUGUCAAAUCGGAUCUGCUUACGCAUGCAGUCAGUCUGUCCAAUGCAUUGAACCUGCUGCGUUACUUUGCGCGUGCGGAUAUGACAAAUCGCACGGGCUUUUGGCAUGCCCUGCCGGAGAUUGAGCAGCGUUUGCUGCAGCCACUGGCUAAGGCGCUUGACUUUAGCCUGGCGCACUACAAGGCUUACAAGGAGCGCGUCAAGAAUGGCCAAAGCGCAUCGGAUGAUGAGCUCAUGCAGCAGCAGCUUAAUAUGCUGGCUGUCAACAUUAACAACAGCGGCAUGGCUGGCGAAGGCGAUGCUGCUGGCAAUCUGCCCGACCUGGGACGCGAGGAGAAGCUGGAGGUACUGGCCGGCUCUAUAACUGGCUUGGAAUCACUGCGCGUGCUCUAUUUGCUGGCCAGCGACAGUUUGGAGCACAGCGCAGCCAAACGCAAAGUGCAACCCAUGCAGCAGCCCAUGGACAUAGAAGCAUAAAUAGAUCCCAACACUUAUAAAUAUAUUUUUAUGUUUAAAACG